UUUUUCUUUUCAUUUUUCUGUUUAUUUGCUAUCUUCUCUUGAAUAUGGAUCCAGAAAUUCCAAAGCAAGGAGAAGCCUUCUUAAACCUCUUCAAUCAAAAAUAUGAAGACUGGGCCAAUAACGGCAACAAAACAGAUCAAAAAGAUCCCAAAAGUAAAUAUCUCUCAACAGGAACUCUGAAAAAGAGAGAGGGUGGGGCAUUGGAGCCAGACGAAAAUGAUCGUGUGGAAUCCGAUUCUAAACUUCCAGGCCAUAAAAUCCACGGUUUCAGCAACGAGAUCAAGUCAUUGAAGAACUUCUUGCUGGACCAGAAGGUCUACAAUGAGUUCAAGACUCUUGUGGUUGUAGGAGAAUACGUUGUGGGGAAGACAGCUUUAUGCAAGACCAUUUUCAAUGAUGAAGACGUGAAGAGUGUUUACGCUCCAAGAAUCUGGGUGUCUAUGCAUAGCACUGAAUGGUCUGCUGAAGACGGUCUAGAUGGUAAGAUAUCUGUUUUAAAGAAUAUCUUGACAGUUCUUGGAGUUGAAGUCUCGAUAUUGGACAAGAUCAACAAAUAUGCUGUAGAUGAGUAUAUAAGCAACAUGGAAUCUGAGGUGGAAUCUAAAAAACUUGACGCAGAGACAGCCAAGGAGAAGGAGAUCUCUGCUUUGCUCUAUGCGCUUCACUUGAAUCUGAGGUGGAAGAAGUAUCUGAUAGUGUUUGAUGAUGUGCGAGAAGAGGACAACUGGAACGAGAAGCUUCAAGACGAUGAGGAGAAGCUCGAGAAGGAUAAGAGAUGGGGAAAGUAUCUUUCAGAUGGAUUCCCUAAAGGCUCUGGUGGAAGAGUGAUAUACACAACCAGGGAUGAGAGCAAGAAUCUGGCGAAGAAGCUAGUGGCAGAAGAACAUGAGAUACAUCGUCUUUGGCCUCUGACUGAUUCUCUAAGUGUCAGGAGGAUAUAUGAUGCAGCAUUGAAAGAAAACAAGGAAGAAGAUCCUCCUAGGAACGACAAGAAAUGCAUUGAAGAGCUUAUGAACAAGUCUCGUGGUCUUCCUCUAGCUGUUAGACUGUUGGCCACGCUUCUUCCCGUGUUUCUUGACGAUGAAAACACUGAGCAGACCAAUGGGACAACCGGAUCAGGAAACACCACUACUGAGCAGAAUGGUUCUACUCAACCUCAAACCGCUUGAGAAGAUUGAAGAGCCCUUUGUCAUUGUGUUACCAAGCUUGGAUUUGUUUUCUUUAUUUCUUGUUUCUGUUUCUUUGGUUUGGUGUUGUUGUCUGUAUGUCUCUUUGUUGUAUCAAUAAUCCAGAACCUCUAAGUAGAGCUUCUUUGUUGUUGUCUGGAGCUUCGUGUCUGAUAGUGUUCAACUUUUUAACUGAAGAAACCAUAAGAGACAGUUCCUUCUU